GGGCGACCGAAAAAGUUUUGCCUUUCCAAAACACACACACAUAUACAUAUUAAAAAAAAAAAACACAACGGAAUCCAUUAACUACUUAUGUUUCUCUCUCCUUGUUUUUACUAAGAUUUGCAAAAUCCUUUCUAUCUCUGAAGAACAGCUUCCAUAAAAAAGCUUCCUUUCCUGUUCAAUUUUAUAUUUUUAUACUUCUAGUUUUAGUUCACCAAUUCUUUUUGAUCUGUUUAAUAAUUAGUUGACAGAGAGAGUUAAAGAUGUUUAACGGAAUGAUGGAUCCUGAGUUAAUAAAAAUCGCUCAGGAACAGAUGAGUCGCAUGACACCCGCUGAUUUCGCCAGGAUCCAGCAACAGGUAAUGUCUAAUCCUGAGUUGGUGAAAAUGGCAUCGGAAGGCAUGAGAAACAUGAGGCCUGAGGACUUGAAACAGGCAGCAGAGCAGUUAAAGCAUACACGCCCUGAAGAGAUGGCAGAGAUUGGUGAGAAAAUGAUCAAUGCAUCACCAGAAGAGAUUGCUGCCAUGCAUGCCCGUGCUGAUGCACAGGCCACAUAUGAAAUGAAUGCAGCUCAGAUGUUGAAGAAACAGGGUAAUGAGCUGCAUAGCCAAGGAAAGUUCAAAGAUGCUUCGCAGAAAUAUUUGCUUGCAAAGCAAAAUCUUAAAGGGAUUCCAUCUUCCAAAGGCAGAACACUUUUGUUGGCAUGCUCUCUUAAUUUAAUGUCUUGUUACUUGAAAACAAAGCAAUACGAUGAAUGCAUAAAAGAGGGCUCGGAGGUUUUGGGUUAUGAUGCCAAAAAUGUUAAAGCCCUUUAUAGAAGGGGUCAAGCCUACAAAGAACUAGGCCAACUGGAAGUUGCUGUCUCUGAUUUGAGGAAAGCACAUGAAGUUUCCCCUGAUGAUGAAACUAUUGCAGACAUUUUAAGGAAUGCUGAGGAAAGAUUGGCUCAAGAAGGUGGCUAUCAUGCACCAAGAGGAGUGAUAAUUGAAGAAAUAACUGAAGAAGCUGAGACUGUCUCUGAAAACCUUAAGAGUUCAUCAGCAAGGGAAAGCGUUGAUACAUCUAAAAGUGGAAGGGAAGGUCGCAGUGGGAGUUCAGCAUCUAAUCCAGAGCCUCUGGAGGCUUUGAAAGAUGACCCGGAAGCUAUGAGGCCAUUCCAAAAUUUCAUAUCUAAUGCCAAUCCUGAAACUUUGGCUGCUUUAAGUGGUGCAAAAGCUGGAGAGGUAUCUCCUGAGAUGUUUAAGACGGCAUCAAAUAUGAUCGGGAAGAUGCCACCCGAAGAGCUUCAAAAAAUGCUUCAAAUGGCUUCCUCGUUCCAGGGGGAGAAUCCUCUUACUGCAGGAUCUUCAGGCUUCGGACCCGGUGCAGUUCCUCCAAAUGUGACGCCAGACAUGCUUAAAACAGCAAGUGAUAUGAUGAGUAAGAUGCCAUCGGAAGAGCUUCAGAAAAUGUUUGAAAUGGCAUCUUCUUUGAGAGGAAAUGGCUCGGCUCCAGCUGCUGCUGCAGCUUUAAACACUGACGGACCAAGUUUGAGUGCUAGGUUAAAACCAACAGAAACUCGAGAAAAUUAUGCAGUAAAUGGGAAUAAUGGCAUCAGUGAAACUAGUUCCUCUGGUGAUUUCCUUUCAAGUUCAAGAAAUGCUCCUCCAUCUAGCUUUCCUGCCUCAACUUCUGAUAUGCAGGAACAGAUGAGAAACCAAAUGAAGGAUCCAGCUAUGCGGCAGAUGUUCACGUCAAUGAUGAAGAAUUUGAGCCCAGAGAUGAUGGCUAACAUGAGUGAACAAUUUGGAAUGAAACUUUCUCAAGAAGAUGCAGCGAAAGCUCAACAGGCCAUGUCAUCUUUCUCACCGGAGGACUUAGAUAAAAUGAUGCGAUGGGCUGAUAGGAUCCAAAGAGGAGCUGAAGGUGCAAAGAAAGCAAAGAACUGGUUACUGGGGAGACCUGGUAUGAUUCUUGCUAUUUGUAUGUUGAUCUUAGCUGUUAUCCUCCGCUGGCUAGGCUUCAUCGGGAGGUAGAGCAGGAACAUUUUUGUAUAUCAUUGUGAUGCCCUAAUUUAACGUUCAUGGGGGCUAAUUAUCUUCGAAACAUUAAGUGUAUCUUUGACGCAAGGACAGGAAAGUAGUGCUAAAAUGAGGUUAGGGAUGGAGGGAAAACCUUGAGGAUGAGGGGUUAAAGAGGGGGUCGGGAGGGAAACAUGUGCUCGACUAUUCAUUGGGUAAAUAAGACGGUUUACCCGUCACUUAUUUUGUACGUCAAUUCUUCAUUAAUGCAUUGUUUGAUUUGUUGGA